GAAGCUUGUGACGUCGCAACAGAUUUACCAGGACCCGUAUCUAGCCAAGUCCGACUCCGAGGUCGGUGGAUUCGACCGAGAAGAGAAACAAUGUCUGUCAAAAUGGUGCACACUGGAGGAACCGAGGCUAUGUCCACCAACAUUUAAAUAACCGCUGCUAAUUAAUCUCACAGGACAACAGGACUUCCACACAGUCGUAGUAGCCCAAUUUGACCAACACUGCUGUAUUUAAUUCAGAGGUGGCGACAGUCAAAACAGAUGGUGGACGGAUAAGCGGCUAGUCUCCAAAGUAUACGGGACGCCUGUAGUGGGCUCGGAAAGGUAAAAACCGGGCGCUCGUUCUUGGGGAUGUUAUCUGUACUCUCUUAUAGCAGACUGGUUGCGAGGGCUGUCCUCGGCGGACUAUCUCAAACGGAUGGUCGGGACUACAGCUUGAUCACAGCAAGUUGUGGUUUUGGGAAAGACUUUCGUAAAGGCAUCUUGAAGAAAGGGAUGUGCUACGGAGACGAUGCCUGUUUCAUAGCCAGAAAUAAGUCCGCAGACGUCUUGGGUGUAGCGGACGGCGUGGGGGGCUGGCGGGACUACGGCGUGGACCCGUCGCAGUUCUCCACCACCCUGAUGAGGACGUGCGAACGCCUGGUGAAGGAGGGCCGCUUCACCCCCAGCAGCCCGGUGGGGAUCCUCACCUCGGGCUACUAUGAGCUCCUACAGAACAAAGUCCCGCUGCUCGGGAGCAGCACGGCCUGUAUUGUGGUGCUGGACAGGCAACGCCACCGACUGCACACGUGCAACCUGGGGGACUCGGGCUUCCUGGUGGUGCGGGCAGGGGAGGUGGUGCACCGCUCGGAUGAACAGCAACACUACUUCAACACUCCCUUCCAGCUGUCCAUCGCCCCCCCCGGGGCCGAGGGGGUGGUCCUCAGCGAUAGCCCAGAGGCAGCUGACAGUUCCUCAUUUGACGUGCAGCUGGGUGACAUCAUCCUCACCGCCACUGACGGCCUCUUUGACAAUAUGCCAGACUACAUGAUCCUUCAAGAGCUAAAGAAACUCAAGAGCACCAACUACGACAGCAUCCAGCAGACGGCCCAGAGCAUCGCGAAGCAAGCCCACGAGCUGGCCUACGACCCCAACUACAUGUCCCCGUUUGCACAGUUCGCCUGCGCCAACGGCCUGAACGUCCGAGGGGGAAAGCCUGACGACAUCACGGUGCUGCUGUCCAUCGUGGCAGAAUACACAGACUGACGGCACGCGCCAGUGUGCUUUGGCCGGACUGUUCCUUCUGCCCCCCCCUCCCCUUCCCCCCCGAGUCUUCCACGCCUUUCGACCCCCUCUAAUGUGCUCUGGUGCUUUCUGGGGUGUGGAGCCAGAUGGCCAGCCACCCCCCCCCCCUCUCUCUCUCUCUCUCUCUCUCUCUCUCUCUCUCUCUCUCUGCUCCCCAGUGUGCUGUGUGGGGGCAGACAAGGGCAUCUACACCCGUGCUGGUCCAUGAUACAGGAGGACCAGAGUGGCUCACCAUGUUGCAUCUUCGACAUUGAUGGCAUCCUCCCUUCAUCGGUACUGUGACUGAGGGACAGUGAAGUGAACUGGGAGGGAUGGUACAGGACUAGAAUGUAGGUCCUCAUCUCUCCACAAUAGUAAUACAAGUGGAAUAAAGCCAUGGUUUAGGGUUAGCUGGUGUCGGCGUCGCGUAAAUUGUGUGCAUGUAUGUGUAAGGGUUGUUCGACUGUGUCGUCAUAGGUGAAAGUGAAGGACAACAUUUUGGGGGGAUGGGGGGGUCCGAAGAAGAGCUUUUUAGGCUGGCUCUCGUGCUGUUUGGGGUGGGAUGUUUGUUUUGUGCCGGAGGGAGACCUUGGUAUUGGUUGAGUGAUCAAAAGGUAGGGUUAAGAGUGUCUGCUAAAUGACUACGUUUUGUGUGUUGCCAGUUUGUCGUUUGGCCUGUUUACCAGGGGGUUUAGGAAGGGCAGACCAAUAGGGAUUGAAUGUGAAGUGGGUGCUGUCUGUUCAUGUCUUGUCAGAAAGCACAUCUCCUUAUGGGUUUGUAUAUAUUGUUUGUCAUAUAAUGGUGGGUGCAUUCACACGGUAACGGCAAAGGUAAUCAAAGCAAGAGGUGUUCACAUCACACGUGUGUGCUAGAUAUGUACACAAAUAUGAAUUUGUUUAUCUCCACUGUUUUCAGAGGAUUGAACCUUGAAGUAAAUAUUCUCAAUCUCUCUUCCAUGGGCCAUAAGAAUCGAAACAGAAAGUGCUGUGGAUCGGGGUUUUGACGGCGCUCCACGAUGUCAUGUCAGAAACGUUUGCGUGUGCGAGUUUGGAAUGUGUCGUCUGUUGCUGUUAGAGAUGGAAGACGGGCAUCUGGGAAUGCUUGGAAUUCAAAUAGGUCAGGUCUGAAUCACGAAAGGAUUUAUUUUUGUAACUUCAUGUUAUAUUGUUUUCAAAAGUAUGAUAAAAAAAAAAAAUGGUAGUAAAAGUGUGACAGACUCACAGCAUGACUUGCAUUUUUGGCUAGUAGAAUCAUACUAAUUGGCCUCAACAAGAAUUGGGUGUGGUAUGUUUAAUGGCUGUCAACCUUUUUCACCUGUCUAAUAAUAAUGAUUACUUGCUGCUUCUAUUUUGUAGAUCUGAUGUGCGUGUAACUACAUUAUUUAAGUCAAACAAACGGUCAAGAUUGUAUUAUGUUUGUGUGUGUCUGAAUGUGCGUGCUGUAUUUAAUUCUUGCUUAUGCAAGGACAUUGAUCAUAUUGUUCUGGUCUUGGUGUUCCCACCAAUUCUUUACCCUCAAACUGCCCUUUUUUUGUAAUGUGUACUUAAUGCACUGACUUGUGAGGUCUUGGUCGAUGCCGCACUUUUCCAAGCUAGCGCAUAAACAAACUUAGCUCAGGAUUGUCAUCGUUCAUUCUGUGCUGAGGGGAAAACAUAGUAAAUAUUACCAUUACAUAAUUCCAAUUGGUUUAUGAAAUUGCGUAUGUCAUUAGGAAAGCAAAUGCAUCAGUCAUGUGUAAUAGGUUUUAUUGAAUGGAAGCCAGGCAACUAAGAAGUAUUUUGUGCCUAAAGCAAUGUUACCAGAAUAGUGAUUGAAUCGUGAUCAUGGCGUUUACAUGUGAGUGGCUGGUGAUCCGAAAAUCACAGUGCAGUUUUUUUUUGUUGCUUGAGUUGUGUUUGAUCAAACCAAAGAAGGAAAGCCAUAAGCACAGGCGUGACCAAGGCACUGUGCUGGAAGCGUUGCUGUCACAUGAAUAACUGUCACUGUAUUGUUCCACUUGUGGUGGUUAAGCAUACAAAUAUUUCCCCAAACCUUUUUAAAAGCAUCAUCUACAGAUCAAUGGUUUGCAAGAACAUUAAAUAUACAUUUUGGUUUGUUCA